AUUUCCCCCCCUUGAAACCCUCAACUUUACAAACACACCUCUUUUAAAACUUUUAACUCCAUGCCUAUUGCUAUUUUUUCUUCUUCCCUAUAUAAUUUUUUUCUGAUGAGACUCUUAAUCUUUACAUACAACAGGAACUUUGUGAUACUAGGAGGAGAGGAGGGGUUCCAAAUGCUCGUUGAUGCCUUGGUUUGGGAUUCAGAUGCCUUACGUUGUUGCAUAUUGCAUCUUGUUCCUUCAACUGGCCAUGCUUGUCUUUGGGGAUCAUGGAUCACUUAAUCUCCUGGGAAUGUUAAAAUCAGAAGUAGAGAAGGUAUUCAACCAGGACAUGUUUUUCAAGAAGACUGUCAAAUAUGUUGGAGAGCCAAUAACCCACUUGGAAUCCAUUGCUUCCUCUGUGCUGAAGAAAAGCCUGUCUUCUGAUCAAAUAAAUGGAGGUGAAACUUUAAAUGUGCAGCACAAUAAGAGCUCUGCUUCUAUUCAAAUAAAUGGUGGUGAAACUGUAAAUGUUGGAGUGGAGGUAGCUAAUUCGGAAGUAGAAUACAUUGAAUCUGAGAACUUGAGUGAUCUAGAAGAUGUUGAUACAUGUCUUAAGAAGCUCUUACCUGGACUUGACUCUAAAGAUUGGAUUCUGGUUGUUGAAACACUCAAUAAUGUUCGUCGAUUAUCAGUAUUCCAUAAGGAAAGAAUGCAUAGUAUGCUGGGUGAUUUGAUCCCUCUUGUAGUUAAGUCCUUGAAGAAUCCUAGGGUGUUGAUGGAAGGUCUCCUUAUUGGUUCCUAACGGUGAGUUUUAUAUCGACCAUAUAUGAGUUUGUAGCAGAUAUUGAAGGUGUCGCAGAGGAUUCAAUCUCUUCAAGCUGGAAAAGCCAAGGCUUAGCACUUCUUCAAGUAGAAUGUUAUUUAAUGUUGCAUUCCAUGGUCGUUUAUCUUAGUCAGAACUUGAAUUUGGUGUUAUUGAAAUAGGGUUUUGUAGUUACCUUGUGUACUAGCUUCUUUAAUCAUGAUUGUUAAUUAUUAUGUGUUUUGUAGCUUCUUUUAUAAUUGUCCGAGUUAAUAUAGAUUAGAUGAGCUGUGAGGUAGAUUGCUCAUUUAUUUAAACAUGAUAUUUAAAUUCUAAAUUUAAAUUCAUUAAUUUUUAUAUUUAGUUUUAAA